AUGACCUUCGGCCAGCUCGAUGAAACGCGCCCGAAUCGCAGCUUCUACGUGAAGAACAUCCCCGAGGAGUGGAGCGAUUGGGACGUCUUCGAGGCGUUCACCCGCUUCGGCCUCGUCCACAACGUCCACUUUCGCAAGAUGGCCGACCAGCCGAAUGGGCAGCAUGCGUUUCUCGACAUGCUCACCGACGAGGCGGCCGCCAACCUCAACAAGUCGAUCGCCGUCAGCCACAAGAUGAAGCACAACGGCGCCACGCUUAUUAUUGACCAAAAGAAGCAGCGCACCGAGCUGAUCAAGCUGCGCGAGGCCCGGCUGCUCAACGCCGAGGACAACAAGGAGAACGAGGCACCGGGCGGGUCGGCAGAGAAGAAGAAGGCCAACCCGAAUGGCUACUGGACGGUGCCCGAGGGAUACAAGCCGCGCCUCUCCGACGACGGCCCGACCCCGCCCGCCCAGUCGACCAAGAAGAAGACCGAAGCCGCGCGAGCCGUCAAGACUCUACCCUUCCAAGACCUCAAGCUUCAUCAAGAGACCGGCAUCCUGCUCGCCGAGACGCCCCGCGACCACGUCGACGUCGGCGCCGAGCUGACCUUCUUCGUGAGGCUGCACCCGUCUGUUGCCAUGCCGAGCUACGAGCACAUGCAGCAACAGUUGAACACCUACGUGUCGAUUAAACAGUCGGACGGGUUCAACGCGCAGGAGGGUGACUACGUCAUCAUCACGUCGAAGGACGUCGGCUACCGCGCACGCGUCGUCGCCCGCAAGCCCACCUCGCACGUCGUCUACCUGGUCGACUUCGGGAAGGAGGUCGAGGUGCAGCCCGACAACAUUUGGCUGAUCACCGACUGCCAAGCCCAUCGUCAAAGCGACUUUUUCCUGCCCACCACGGUUUACAAAUGCCAGCUGUACGGCGUCGACUACGGCUCGGCGGAGAACGUGGAGAAGACGCUGCGCGUUUUCGAUGCGUUCCGGAAGAAGAUCGGCGGCCAGAGCAUGAAGAUGACGGCCACGACAAGGGGCUACAAACGCGACUACAACCUCGUGCAGGUCAUCGUCGAGAACCAUCGGGAUAAAGUGGACGAGCUGAAGGACCUGGCGCUGGCCCUGGAGGAGCGCGAGCUCUGCCGCUACGUGCAGCCCCAGGACGCGUUCAUCUACACGAAAGAGGAGCUGCUCACCCUCAACGAACAUGCCGAUGUCGCCGGAUUGGUGAUGGAUAUCCCGGCCAAAAUCAACCUCAACGCCCCCGCAGACGAGAAGCCGAGCAACACCAACCCGGCCGGCGGCCUGCUCAACACGGUCAAGCACUUCUUCUCCACCCCCAAGAAACAACAACAA